AUGCCCGGCUGUCCCACCGGCACGCGGCGUGCCAUCUUCUUCAAGGAUGUCGGCAGGAUUCGGCCGAGCAUCCGUGCAGCCCCGCUGGCCGCCGAGCUGGCCGGCUUCGCACCGGCCAGGAACAGGAGGAGGGCGGCCGCCAACAGGGCCUCCGUCGUCUUCGUGGACAGGACGCUGGACCUCGCCGGAGCAGUUGGUCAUCAUGGUGACAAUCUUGCAGAGAAGAUACUUUCUACGCUUCCCAAGCUUCCUGGCCACAAGACAGAUGUGAUGGUUAAUAUGGUGGAACUUACUGCGCUGCAGACUCCAGAUGAAGCUUGCAGUAUUAUAGCACCUGGCUGCUUAGCACAACCAAACAGUCCAGCUGCCAAGGCUCUUUGGGAGUCCUUCAUGAACCUCAAACAGAAGGAAGCUGUGAUGGAGGCCAGGAGACACCUGGUGGAAGCUGCAAGCAGAGAAAAUUUGCCCAUUAAAAUGAGCAUGGGUAGAGUCACCCCAGAACAGCUCAGCUCCUAUGUACAACUUUUCAAAAAUAAUUUCAAAGCUUUGGAGAAUCACUGUGGUCUUCUACAGCUUGUGCUGGCUGUAGUCCAGACUUUGAAACACCCUCAGAUUUCCAAGUGGGACAACUUCCUAGCCUUUGAGAGAUUACUUCUGCAGACUAUUGGAGAGUCAGAAAUGCCCAGCGUGUUGAACCAGUUACUGCCAAUGAUCAAGUCUUACAGUGAGAGAAUGCAAGACGAUUAUACCUGUGAGGACUUCUUUGUCUUGUUGGUGUACAUGUAUUCUGUGGUUGGAGAAAUCAAAAAUGGAGAAGAGCUGGACAAAGCUGAGGAAGAAGUGAAGAAGUCUCUAGUCAAGGCAAUUUGUGAUGAACCAGAGCUGUCUCCUUUGUUGCAGAAAAUAACAGGUAAGAUUCUGCUUGUGUGGUGAGGAUUUGGAUAGUGUUGAACGUGGGAACUAGGAGGAGCGUGUAAAAGCAGUUUGACUUGCCUGUGGUGCAGAGAGUAUGUGAGUCAGCAUGAAGAUUUCCUGUAGAUUUUUUCCAUCUCUGAUGUUCAUAUAUGCCAAAUACUGACAGGCAGUGCUUGAAUAGUGCUGAGUCCAAUGAAAGCUCUACAAGUUAUUCUUUUUGUUAGAGACUGGCUAAGUUUGUAUGUUUUUCUAAGGUAAUCUUUUCCACAGUUUCUUUCAUUGAUCAGUGUAAAGUUGACCCUGGGAAGUCAAAAUUAAUUCUGGACACAUAUUCAGUGAACCACAGUUGUUUUGUGAAUGCUAGGAGCUGGUCUGUCUGGCACAAAAGAAGAAAUGUGUCUAAAACCAACAUUAAGCUUUUUGCUGAAACAACAUGAACAUUAGCCUUUAAAAAUAGCACAGUAAGCCUUUUUUUAGGUGAGCACUCAUAGAAUAGAAAAGCUUUGACCUCUUGCUGCCAAUGUCACAUGUUAAAAAAAAAAAUAAAAAAAUAAUAUUUAAAAAAAACAUUUAAACAAAUGACCUAUGGUUUGAGCGUGGCAUAUCUGAGUAGCGGAAGAGAUCUCUACUUCUUGCUGUCAUUUUUCUCAGUGUUUACUAAUAGUGAGCUGGUCAUUGACCAGGUCACCUUUGAGAUAGGAGCAUGAAAUGUAAAUCAAAAUGUUGUAUGAAGCUUAUAAUUGAAAGCUUUUGCCAAGAAUUUGUUCAAGUGAGGAAUCUCAAGGGUGUUGGGAUUAUUUUGCUGUUGGUUAUUCUGCUGAUAUUCCCAGAAGACAAUUCUGCUUCAGAGUGCAGAUGUGUUCUGACUGAUCUGCUGUUGCUUUAUGUGUAAAAUACUGUAAUUAUUAGAAGAUUCUUACUGAAGAACGGGCAUUUCAGCCAUAUUUGCAUUGUUUUAAUGUUUUAAUACUCCUCGCCACAAUGCCUGCAGUCUAUAGCUGUGUGUGCCUGACAGUAUUUCAUGCUUUCUGUUGACUUUCAUUCUCCUGGUUUUCAGUAUGGACUGCACACCUUAUCCACUGCAUGCUGUUUCAGUUGCAACUUCGGUGGUGUUUUUUACAGGAUAUGGUGCAGUCCUACCCCUCAUUCUGAAAAGUUUCUCUUCAUAUUUUACCAUUUUCCCUGUAAUCCUCUGUGUUUUUAAUCACUGUUUGUAAGUUUCUGUUUGUUGUACCCAAGAAAAGUGGACGAAGAUUUGAAAUUCAAAAACUUCUGUCAAGUACCAAAGUAAAGCCACAUCUCUGUCUCUGGCUUCCCUUUUUGCUUUCCCUGGUAGUCUCAGUUUAUCAGUUUAUGUAGUUGCAAGCACAGAUGAGGAUAAAAAUACACAUUGUGCUUGUGUUAUGUUGCAUAAUCUAUAAUAAUUCUAGUUUUUUUAGGAAUAUACUUUUGUGCUAGGUUUCCAGUGUAUUUCCUGAGUAAAAAUUUAAAUAUCUAGCUCUUGCACAGCUUCCAAGAAAAGAAACACGUGAAUGAAUGUUUCAGUGCAAAAAUUCUUUGUUUUAUGGAAUAAAAUUAAUUAUCUGUUUUUACAUAACUGUCUAAUUGUUAGAAACACAUUGUGUGAAGCAAAGCAGUUAUCCUUAUGCUAAGUAUUUUUUUGUUACUUGGGGCAUCUGAUUAUGAACUUCUGAGUUAUCACACCUAUGAUUUGUAUGGACUGCUUUGGAAAGUUUAAACAUUUGAAAAUAGAUUAAAAUAUAUAUAUGUAUUUUA